GAUUUAAUCCUUACACAUUCGUAGGAUCAGCCAGAUGACACAGACGACAUACCGCAACCUUACGGUAAGUCACUUGCAUAUUGGUCUUUCAAAUUUGUACUGCCGAUAUUUAAUCCUCACAUGGAAGAUUGGGUAGAUUCCUUUCUUAUAAUUUAAGUUUAGUAUUCUCUUCUAGUUCAGUUCAUAUCAAGGCUAUGAUACUUCGACUACUAACGUCCAGUUGACGUUAGUUCAUAUACUUACUACCUUAUACACCUCUUCCAACCCCUCAACUUGCAAUCAUUUUCUCUCAUACUACAUUCUCUCUUGUACGAUAUAACAAAAUGGAUUCAACUUAUGCUACUUCAGCAUAUGGAACGAACAUGAUGGGUUAUGAUGACAACGUUCGCAUGUUUCUGGAAAAUGUUUCGAGACAAAUGGCACAACCUUCACAGUCUCGAAAUCGAUUAUCUAUGUCGAAUGGACAGAGAAAUAUGACACCAAUGCGGGUUACCAAACCAAACAGUACCAACAAUAGUCCGCGUUGCUCCAUAAAACAGAACCGACGAAGGACUCUCAUGUCGGAUGGCUCAUACCAACGACAGAUGAUGAUGCUCAACCAACAACAGCAACAGCAACCAAUGAUGGCGACUAAUGAAUGGGAAUCGAACAAUGGACUUCCAACACAGAUGUCAAUGAGAUCUAACCGUCCCGUUAGUUGGCACCCAUCUACACAACAGAUGUACCAACCAGUACAAUCUACGAGUGGAUACCCAUACUCACAGGAGUAUUACAACUUUGAUGCCUCAACUCCAGCUGUCUUCUCAGGAUACGGAUCACCAGACUCUAGCUUUUCACCUGUGUCAAUGCCUUAUAGUGAGGAUCAUCAAGACUCAUACCCAUUCGAUACCACACCUACCUCAUACCCACUCGAUCAGACAUACACCCCAGAACAAACACCAUUAGAAAAUCAUAUGAUGUCUAUUCAGGCUCCAUACACAAACGACAACCAAGAUCCCACAAUGUAUUCACAUUUUGACUGGAACAACUUUGCGGCAAAUGGAUUCGAGGAUGGUACCGCCCCACCCACACCAGAUAACUUUCUACCUAUUCAACAUCCUGAGCCUACCUUCACUCCAGAGGAUUCGAUACCAUAUCAUCCACUGUCUGAUGAUGAACCAGAGGGAGAGGAGUUGAUUGGCAUGGGAUUGUACGACACUCCAGACAACAGCAAGUUAUCAUUGUCGGAUCCUCAACUUGACAACUACCGAAUGAUGUCGUCACAGCUUCUUGGCAACAGUUAUCGUCGACCCGAAGCAGCUGGUAAAGGCUUGAAACUGGAGGAGACAUGGCAACCACCCGCCGAAAAGGACGAUGACAAAGACGACGAGGAGGACGGUGAAGGAGAAGAUGAUGAGGAGGAGGAAGUCGUACCCGAGAAACCUACACAACUGGCUGAUACUACCACUUAUAUGAUGGGUACCACACAGCCCUUCCCCGACUUCGACGGAAGUUACGCAAUGAAUUAUGCAGGCUGGAUCUGAUUGAAAGGAGCAUGGAUGGGAAAAACCUUAUGAUUUUGAAAUUUAGCGAUGGAGUUGGAUUGGAUAUUGGGAUUAGCUAUAUUGGAGCAUUGGAAACUAUAGGAUCAUGUCAGCAAUGACUGGAAUGAGCACAAGCUCAGUAUUGGAAUGGGACAUGUUGAAUACAAGUGUCUAACAAGAUUUUGACAAUGUCAACAAGGGAAGUAUCUACCCAAGAGGUUGAUAUGUUUAUGUAAAUAGAUAGCUUAACACAAUAUCAAGACCCCCGAAUGAAUUUUCGGACUUAACAGACAAGAUAAGAUUCA